UGGGGAUGAUGGGAAUUGUAGUCCAGCAGCAUCGGCGCCUUCCCCGGACCCCUGCUCUAGAUAAGGUGGGAGCCAGCACCAUUGCAAAACUGACUUGAAAGGAGUGUUGGGGCUUCUGGCAAGCUUUGCAAGGAGAGUGAGGAAGAGCCUCCUUGCAAAGCUUGGAUGGGGCAGAUCAGCCCCAGGGCAAAUCCACCCACACCGGCUAUCCUGCUGCCACAAAUACUUAGAUGAUUGUCUUAGCAAAGAGUUUUCAAAGUGUUUUAGUUAUUUUAUUUUGCUUGUUUAGCUCCUUAUAAUGCUGCUCUGUGUAUAAACCUCUGGGCAGUUUACAAUUUUAAAACAAAAAACAGUUAAAACAUUAAAUCAAUUAUAAAAUAGUUAAAACAUAUUUGCUUGUUAAAAAUUAAUUGCAAUAGUUGCAAAUGGCUUUGAAGUUUAAACUUAAGAACUAAGCCUGGUUCUGCAGGUCGGUUUUCAGUUUUCCUGUAAAAGCAUGCAGAAGCCCAGCAGCCUUUCAAAAGUGACUCUUGCAAGCAUUCAAAGUGGUGCAGUGUGUGGGGAGGAGGGAAGAUUGCCAGCAGCCUCCUGCUUCUUUCAGCCUUUCGCGGGCAAGUUAAGUAAGGCUCUCCAUGCAAAGCUUGCAAGGGUUAGUUCACUCCCAAAGAGCUGCUCUUGUGGUUGUAGCGGGAGUGGGCAUCCUGGGAGGAAUGGGGACAUUUAAGAACAUAGGAAGCAGCCACAUACAGAGUCAGACCCCUGGUCUGUCUCGCUCAGUAUUGUCUAGCCAGACUGGCAGCAGCUUCUCCAAGGUUGCAGGCAGGAAUCUCUCUCAGGCCCACCCAAAUGCAAACCAGGGUGCACCCUGCUUAGCAAAGGGGACAAUUCAUGCUUGCUACCAUAAGACCAGCUCUCCUCCCACUGCACGCCCAAAGUUGUUGCAACUUUGAGCAGGGCCUUUUUGCCCAGUUAGCAGGUUAGCUAACAAGUUAAUAAGUUAGCAAGUUAUUUAUGUAUUACUUUGUUAAAUCCUGCCCUCGGGAAUUCAAGGUUGUGUCCAUGUCUCCUUACAACAACCCUGUGAGGUAGGUUAGUCCAAGAGAGUCAUUGGCUGAAGGGCCAGUCAAGUGCUUGGUUGAGGGAAUGAGCAACACGUGCUUGACAGUCAUCACGUUCUUGCAAAAUGGCAUAUAUCCACAGUAGUAGUAGUAGUAGUAGUAGUAGUGAAUGAUUGGGGUUACAGAUUCAAAAUUGUUGGCGCAAAAGACAACGCAGAAGGAGAGGCUUGCUUGGAAAAGCUGCUGCAGGUCCAAAUAUCACAAUGAAGAUGGUGCCAAAAAUGCUCUCCCCUCUGGUUAAGGAAUGGGCUCCACAAGCAUUUGUGAUUUCAUUUAAGCUGGAAACCGACCCUUCCAUCCUGGUCAGCAAAGCACGGCAGGCCUUGGAGAAAUACCACCACCAAGUGGUGAUUGCCAAUGUGCUCGACUCCCGAAGAACCUCCGUGAUCGUGGUCACCAAGGAGUCUGAGACCCAGUUGUCACUUUCUGAGGACGAAGUGGCCCGAGGAGUAGAGAUCGAGGAGAAGAUUGUGAGCCACCUGGAGUCUCGGCACACGGCUUUUAUGGAGAAAUGAUCCCCGAUGAGGGGGAAGCUGCUCUGAAUCCUCCAAUAAGAAUCGACUUUAAUAGCGGGUGGGGGAGUGGGAAGUGUCCUCCGUUACUGGUAAACGGAGGCAACUCAGCUACGACUUUGUAUAGGAUCAAAAGGGUGAAAUUCUCGACAUAAUUUUACUUUAUUUUUUUGCACACCUUUUUUUGCACACCUUUGUAAGUUUGCUGCUCAUUGUGGGGGAAAUACGUAUGUAUAUAAAUAAUAGGAACAUUCCAAAGCCA